AUGCUACCAGAGAUUAUUCUCCCUCUCCUUCUUCCCGUAGUCGGAGAAUCUUCUUCUUCUUGUUUUUACAGUGACAUUAGGAUCGAAUCAUUACUCCAUAUCCUCCGGCGACCGGCGUCAAAGAGGUUCCGAUGUUAUUCUCCUUCAAAAUCUCCGAUCUGGUCCUCUCCGUCCUCGUCGCUUGAUCAGCUUCGCACCGUGUUUCCUCACCUUGAACUGACGGUUCUUGUCAAAGCGCUAGAAGAUCAUGGGAGUGAUUUCAAUGCUGCUAUGAAAACUAAAUACUUUUUGGUUUCUGCUGAUGAUAAAAUAGCUCAAGAAUUGGCCGUUAAUGAUGGUGGAACUUUUACGCCUUCUGGUGAUGACUAAGUUGCAUUGUUAGUCAGGGAAGUGACACAAUCUACUGGUAAUGAUGAUGCAAAAGUCCGUGCAGCAACUGUCUUGGAGGCUUUAGCCAAGGUGUUAAGCGCACGUGAACAAGUAGCAAACAAAUUCCAAGACGAGAGUGCAGCAACAAGUAGAAGCCCUAAUCAAGGACAACGCAGUGCUGAAACGUGCUGUUGCAAUCCAGCAUGAGCGGCAUAAGGACACGAACCAACAGCUAGAGCUUUUGAAGCAACUGAUUCCUCAGUACACCAGGAAAAGAUGAGAAAUCUGGAGGUGAACAACUACGGCUUAAAUUUGCGUAUACAGCAAGUGGAACAAGAAACUGUAUGCCGGAAAGAUUCAAUCCGGAUGUCUUUUAAAGGUGGAACAGGGGAGGAGAAGGCAACCAAUGUCAUCAAUAAACUUAGGUAGAGAGAGGAGAUGUGAAAAGAAAAGUGCUAUCAAAAGAAGAAGACAUGUCUCCCUGAAUUUGAAAUUGUCUCUCUUUUGUCUGUUCUCUUCAAGGGGAUAGAUAUGUGAAGAAUGUGUUGUGUUUCGGUAAUAGGGGCUUUGUAUAAUUAAACAUUGUUUCUUAAAGCUUUGUAAACAUUGUUUUCUUUUUUUUUUUGGGACAAACAUUUCAUUUCGUACUA